AUGUUGCAAGAAGGACUUAAGGUAGAAGUGAAGAAUGGAGCCUCCUUAAAAGUGCACGGCUUUAAUUGGAUUACAGGGGUGCAGGGGAGAAAACCACAGAUUCUAAAUGAGGUUCUUCACAGUCACAUGCUGAACCCUACAGAGGAAGACAAAUGGAGAAGAAAGAUGAGACCUAAUGGCAAGUGGGAUCACCGGAAUCUGAUCACUACACCCAAUCUUGAACAGCACAUCCUUUGCCUCUGCUCUUUUGUCGAAAACCAUUUCCCGUGGGCAUGUGAAGAACCUAGCAGCCCAGGGCCCACACAUCCGAUGCGGGCACGUACUCUUGUCGAGCUAUCGACCCUGGGGCCGCCUUCCGAAAUCAACGAGCUUGGCAUUUUCGUAGUUAUUGCCGACGAGAAGCACGUUGUGUGGCUUGACGUCGCAGUGAACAUAACCUAG